AUGCAUGUUUUUCUCCCGGUUGUUCUGGUGACAUUCACCAGCAUUGUGGCGGGCCAGGGUUCAUGUUUUGUUCCCAAUGGCACCAACCGCCACGCGCUCACCAAUGCUGGUGGUAAUAAGUACGAACCCUGCGAGGCCAAUGGGCACAGCAUGUGCUGCAAUCCCGGCGUUGGGGACAAGUGCCAGCCGAAUGGCCUCUGUUGGAACCCGAUUGGCAAAGUUACUUGGCGAGAGAGCUGCACGGAUCCGACCUGGCAGUCGCCGAAGUGCAUCAAGCUGUGCGCUUCUGACGAUUAUAUACAAGAUGGCGUACCGGCUUCUGGGAUGGAUGCCCUCGUCACCAAAUGCGCAGACGGGAGUUACUGCUGUGGCAACGACAAGAAAGCUUCGGACUGUUGUAACUCGGGCCAAGGGGUUAGAAUCAAGGAUGAGGUGACGACAUCUUCUACAUCUUCUACGUCUUCUCUAUCUUCAUCUUCUACAUCUGCCUCGUCUUCUACAACCAGUACAACGACUACCUUGGGUCCUUUGUCGGCCUCUGCCCCUUCCGCGCCAGCUCCCACGGUAUCAUCCACCGGUAGUGACAGUGGUACCAGCAAUGAGACCGGCAGUGAGACCUGGAGCAAUCAGGCCGGUAUCAUUGGCGCCGCCGUGGGCGCGGGCGUAGGCGCAGCGUUCUCCGUCAUUGCCAUUUGGAUGUUCUGGUAUCUAAGAAAGAGGAAGGCCGCAACAUCACGCAUGCAUGUUAUGGGCGCUACACAACAGCACGCUGCGGUAAACGAGGAUGUGAAAUACAAAAUGGUUCCAACGGCUUCGCAGCAAUAUAUUGUAGAGCUCUCGGGGGAGCCGCACAUACGAGCGGAGCUGGAUGGGGAGUCUGUAAAGCCACCAAGUCAGUAA